AUGCGAUUCACGCCGAAAGUCGAUUCCAACAUGGCACUGCUAUUGUACAACUCCGGAAAAGCCUAUCUUUUACAUUGGGCGCAGACGGAGGAUAGGGACGCACUGGAGAAAGCCAUUAUUGUAACAAGGCAAUCAGUGGAGUGCACGCCGGAAGGUGACGAUGGUCUCGCAAAUAGACUCCGUAGCCUGGGGGCCUGCGCGUUUGCUAUGUUCAAGCACACAGACCGAAUGGAAGAUCUUGACAAUUGGAUAGAUGCAUUUCGCAGGGCAGCACAAUUAGUGCCUAAUAAUCAUCCGACUCAGUCAAACUCUAGUGCUCUGCUACGCAAUGCCCUUCUUGUGCGCUUUCAGGCUCAAGGGAAUCUCCAAGACAUCGAUUCAGUUCUCUCGGCGAGUCGUGAGGCUGCGGCUGCUGGGGCUGGCGAGAAUGACCAUGACGCGUGGGCUUUAUACCAUCUAGGCAGUCAAUUGGACUUCAAAUACGUCAAUACUGGCGAUGUGGACUGCCUUCACGAAGCAAUUCAAGUAUGUAGCCAGGCACUAGAUCGACCGGGCGAAGAUCAUGUUAUCUGUGCCAAAAUCCUAGCACUCCGUGGACAAUGCCUUCGGGAAUUGUUUGAGCACACUGGGGAUAUAUCUGAACUUGAAAGGGCUAUCACGGAUUGCAAACAAGCAGCCGAGAUCAUGCCUGAGGACCACCAUGCACUUCCAGGGAUCCUGCAGAGGCUGGCAUUUUCCUCCCAGGAGCAGUACCAAUUGUCCGGAGAGAUAAAGUAUCUGGAAGAAGCAAUCAAGAUAGCCCAUCGAUCGCUCAGCCUGGCAUCUAUUUAUGGCCAUGAAAUGUCGAAGUUCUUGUCCACUCUAGGAGGCAUUCUUUUGCGCCGAUAUAGUGCUACGUUGAGGUUACGGGACCUUGACGACGCUAUUAAAGCACUGCGCAAAUCAUUGGAAAACGAGUCCCAAAUGCCCAAGGUUGUCACUGCAACUAACCUGGAUAUUCUCGCAAGUUGUCUAGGUACCCGGUAUCGCCGUAGCGGAGAUCAAAGAGACCUCCAAGGGGCAGAACACGCGUCACGGCAGGCAGUCGAAAUCGCACCCGCCAGCCAUGCCGGGCUGCCAGCAAUCUUGUCCAACUUGGGCCGUUACCUCAUGGAGCUUUUUCAAGCAACAAGGGAGCCCAACUAUCUUGAAGAAUCAAUGCAGACGUUCACAUGUGCCCUCGAUCGAGUACGAAGUCCUUUGCAUGCUCAAUUGUGCCUCGGCGUCAUGGCGGGCUGUAGGCGCAUUAUGUAUAUGAUUACACACAACGACGAGCACCUUGAAGCUGCUAUUGAAAUUUGCCGCAAGUCCAUCGCUGCUCUUCCGACUGAAACUGACAUUCUUGCUGAUUGCCAAGACGAGCUUGCACUUCUUCUUCAUUGCCAGAAUUCUGAUGAUCAAGAAGAGGCACUGGGUUUGAGCUUACAAGUGUGGAACUCUCUCAGAGCCUCUCCCUUCGGACGCAUUAGAGCGGCAAAUCGGGCAGUUACAAUCUACAUCGAACAAUCUAACCUUGAGAAAGCCUAUGCACUUGCCACAGCGGCAAUUGAUGUUCUCCCACUUGUUCACAAUCAGUCACUCACCCUUCAAGAUCAGCAAGAGGUUGUGCAGGUCUUCUCCGGUCUGGCCACAUAUGCAUUUUCCCUGGCGUUGAGAACUAAACGCUCUCCUAUUGAAGCACUCGACUUGUUAGAACGCGGACGCGGUGUUAUCCUGAGGCUUCUGAUGAAUGACCGGAGUGACCUGUUUAAACGCCGGAAUACACAGCUGGGUUUGUCUGCAGAAGUUGAAAUUCCGCUCUAUGAGAUGCACACCCCUACUGUGAGCCUUUGCUCAGGCAAUGCAGCCAACUACCACUUCGAUAGUCAGAGAGCUCAAGGAGGAUCUGAAGCACCCACAGAGGACAUCCAUUUUAGUCCAACAGUAGACUCUUCCGAGAAGAGAGUCACGGAAGAAGAAGUUAAGGAAGGCGCAGCGAGGGGUAGGGUUAUUAUCGUCAACAUCACUAGCGUGGGGAGUGACGCUUUAGUUAUUUCCUCAACUGGUCUCAAAGUAAUCCAUCUUCAAGGCCUCGACCCCGACGAAGCCAGAGACUGGAUCAAGAAGGACAUGACAGCUACCUCAGUCAACCGCGGUGCGAAUAACAAAGCCUACUUGCGCUUUCUCUCCUGGCUGUGGAGGGUGUGCGUCAAGCCUGUUUUUGAUGGGCUCCAAUAUAAAGUGCAUGAUUCUCCGGAAGACAUGCCAAGGGUGUGGUGGGUUGGAACAGGGCUGGCCAGCUCAUUUCCCUUUCAUGCGGCAGGCAAUCACCUUACGGAACGAAACGAGAGCGCCAAUUCUCGAGUGCUUUCUUCUUACACUCCGUCCUUGAGAGCCCUCUUAUAUACAAGGAAUCGAGAGCCUCUAUCCAACCAGGCAACUCAGUGCCCAAAGCUCCUCACAGUGUCCAUGGCCACCACGCCCGGUGCUGAUGAUCUGGACGGUGUCUUGGCAGAGAUAGUCGCCGUGACAGACACAAUCGGGAACUAUGUUCAUGCGGAAUGCCUCAGCCAACCUGAUGCUGACACAGUCAAGAGACGACUCGCAGACUGCCAUAUUGCCCACUUCGCCUGCCACGGGGUAUCAGAGCCCAGGGACCCAUCUCAAAGCGGACUAUUACUCCAGACCAUUGGCGACUCGCCAGAACAGGACAGGCUUACAGUCGGCAGUCUGUACGAGAUUGACUGUUCACAAGGCCAGAUCGCCUAUCUAUCCGCAUGCUCAACCGCCGAGAACCGAUCCAAAUGGCUUGUCGAUGAGGUGCUGCAUGUCGUGAGCGGGUUUCAGGUUGCCGGAUUCCGGAACGUGAUUGGGUGUCUGUGGCCUGCUGACGAUACUGUUUGUGCAGAGAUUGCAAAGCCGUUUUAUUAUGAACUGUGUCGUGGUGGAAAGAUGGAGUAUAAUGACGGCACGGUCUCAUUGGCACUUCACAAGGCCGUCUUGCAGAUUUCAAGGAGUUCCCAGUACCGCAAGCGGCCUUUGCAUUGGGCACAGUAUGUUCAUUUUGGCGCCUGA